UUGCUCGUCCCUACUUGGACGUGUCUUUGCGUCGUGCUUUUUACUGCUUUCUGUGCCUGCCACAUCGACGACUUUGCCAAUGGGUGUCUUCCAAGUGGAUAGUAAUAAUUCGUAAAGACGACCGUAAUCCUCUUCUUGCCAGACUUCCCUGCCUCGCCGUCGUCACUCAGUGACUGGUUUCUAGUGAUCUUGCUGUGAUGAUUCGAGCGCUGGCUUCCAGUGUCCUCACUGCCUCGACUUGUCAAAACAGCAAUACCGCCAGCCAAUGGAUAACGCGUCUUUCUUACCACCGCGGCUUUCACAAUGUCAUCAGCUUCGUCCUCCUUGCCACCGCCACAGCUCAACAGCUUGUUCUGCGCACUUUUCCGCCAUAUAUUUACGUUCCUUGGCGUACAGUUUUCACUCACCUUACUAUGUUCUUUUAUCUUCUCCUCUUUCUGCGGAAAAGCUGGUCUUGCACUUUAAAGGUGUUACAAUAUAUACUUCGUGUAAUCGUGCUGUUCACUUUAUGGUUAUCUUGAUAUUCUUCACCGACAGCCAUAGUUGACUGAUUCUUACUCUGGAUGAGGUUCUUCUGGGUU